GGUGUCUUGGUAAAUUCACUCGAGCGGCUGCGAAUUGAUAUAACUAAGUAGUCUGCUGCCUAAACUGAAUCGUCAGUGCUCAGUCUCCUCCAGCGCCAUGUCUAUCACCAUAUCCACCUACUGCAUUGUUCUCGCUCAACGAGUCGCUACUCUCAACCCAAGAUUGAAAAUCCAAUAUGCCGAAGUGUAUACAUUACGAGGUAGAAGAAGCUGUUUCUUCCGAGUACAUGCUCCUCAUCGCAAAAGCCACAGACAUCGAUGUGUGCGUGGACCAAUCCGACGACCACUCACUUCUCGAGGGUAUCGCAGACCUCAUCGAGUACGAGACCGGUUCCAUGUCCCACACCACAGCAGACGACGAGCUGGAUGACUCGCUCACACAAGCUGUGGAGAGCUCCAAUUUCUCUGUGCUCCCAUUGUACGAAGACUUCACCACAGCUUUCCACGAUCUAUCUUCUGCAGGUUUUUGGUGUCUUCGUUACGAACCAUUCCUCCGCAGAGCAUCGGCAGAUAGGGAGUUCGCCAAGAUAGCGAAGGCAAGCAUAAGAUACCUGAAAGACAACCACGAGUGUAGUUUUGAGCCAUUCGUCCCGUAUUACCAGCAAUAUAUGCCAGAUGCUCUAGAGCUAGUCUACGGGCACAUGGGGUAUAGUUCGCUCAGCGACGCUGUAUUCAUUCACAUGGCGACCUGGUACGAUCCGUUCUAUAGUCCAUGGUGCUGUAUCCAUCUAUGGCAGCACUGCCGGUGCGAGCUCCUUCGUGACGACCAGCGCUCCUUCGAGAUACUUUUUUCGCGUGACGUUCCGACCGCGUUGUCGUACAUGCACCAAAAUACGGACGGCCUAGUACCUAUCGACCGAUUAGCGUUUCAGGAUCUCGUAGAUAUGACACAGGAGUACUUGGCUUUCACCUACGACUACGACAUCUGGCCGGACGAAAAAGUAGCGGCUUUUCGAGAGUUUUCGGGUCCUGUCAUCGAUUGGCUCUACUAUGAGAACGGCAUCGAACCGAUUGAGUGCGCAGCCUUCAACGACAUGGCCGCGGCCGUGACAGGCUAUAUACCAUAUGAGCCACCACAUUACUUCCCUCGCUUCUUACAGUUACCGGCUGAACUUCGAAAGAUUUUUUAUCACCACUAUCUUCUCGCAAAUGGACCUACACUGCUGUGCCGACAUGAUCGUCGCCCCCAUGGGUGGGAUGAUUGGCAUGACUACCAGGCUUGUUGUCGGUGGGACUAUCCAUCCUCUCUGACGCUUUGUAACAAGAGCAAGAGGACUUUGUUCCUUCCAUACAUGCAACGUUCCAGCUAUCUCUUAAGUUCACUCCCUGCUCUAGCUUUCAUAUGCGGACAGUUGAAGGGCGAGGUCGUUGUCUACAUGCUACAAUGCACGCAGCGGAUCGUUCUCAACCUUGAGAAGGGUGAAAGAAACUACGACGGUGGCGCGUGGUUCUACGACGCGUUGACUGCGAUCCCUCAUGGUGAUGGAUUGCGGGCGGUAAAGAACCUAGUCUUCCGUAUUGAAAAUGUGUCUCAGUCGUCAUCCGUUCCAAGAAGCCCAAUGGUCGAGCUUGCAGUGGCUUGUACUUCUCUCCGAGAGAUCCAGCUGAUCGUAUCUAUCCAGGAGCUACUUAGCAUUAACUGUCAAACCGGUGUGCCCACCCUACGGUCUGUAGAUGAGCUGCUCGAUAGGCUUGCAGUACGGCCUCUGCUCAAUUGUGAGCUCCUGUGCCAGAUUUGCAUCAGUAUGGCGCAUCAAAGUUUUGGAUUAGAGCCUGGUUCAAAUGACUGGGACGUCCUUGACGGUGUGGGGAAGUGGUUGAUAAAGGGCUUCCUGGUUCAGCAAGAGCGGCGCGUUCAGGUGACUGUAUGCGAUCGCAACAUUAGCUGGUGUACACCAGGAGAGGUUGUAACGCUAGAUGAGGCAGACGAGAAAGAGGUAGACGAGUGGCUCAGGGUGAAGAAAGUGAAGAGUCUUCUCGAGCAGGCAGAAGGACGAUGAGAGCUUGCCAUUUUGCCGUCCUUCUUAUAUGAGAAAGGGUAAGAAGGCAUUGCUGAGAGCAACCUUAGAAGUCACAGCGGACUGGCCUGAAUACCUACAACA